CGGGCGGAGGCAGCUAAAAGUUAGGCGAUCUGCUGCUACUAGUAACGAAGACGGGGUUUAGAAUAAAGAGGAAAGGCAGAAGAGCAUGGGUUGUCACAACAGCAAAGUUUGUGGCCAGGUCUCCCGGAAAAAGAAGAAAAACAAAGCAAAAGAAGGUGAGAAGCAAAUAAAGGAAGUCAUCAUCAGCCUUAAAGAUAGAAACGGUAUACUCUCAUCUGAUGAGCAGAAAUCUGGCUUGGAGAAUCGAUUGGAAACAUAUGAGUGGCAGCUGAAGAUACUACAUACCGUUUUGACGGCUUCAGGAGACCAGGAGAGAGACAAGCUCCUCAAGGACCAUCCUGGAGACAUUUGCACAUUGGUCCACAGCAUUAUAGCGAAGGUGAAGACUGAGAUAACCGCUGAUCUAAAUGAUCUUCAUGAAAAGCAGAUGAGGAGCACAUUAGAACAGCAUCAGAGAGCAACAGAAGAGCUACGACUAUUACACAGUGAAGAGAAGAAUGUUGUAAAUGAAACACACACAGCAACUGAGAAUGCUUUAAAGGACAAGAUUGAAGGGCUGACAUCAGAACUGAAGCUGUUCAAUGAGUUAAAGCGCAGAGCUGAGGAGUCCACGCUCAAGAGGGACCUACAGAGAAAUAUUGAGACUCAUGGCGGCCCUGGUGCAUUCUGGGAGCAGGAGCAGGAGAGCCUGUUAUUUGUCAUUGAAAUGAAGCGUGAGCGUUUACAGGAGCAGGGGAACAAACUGCUGCACAUGGAAACACUGGUUGAGAAGAACCUCUCACUGGAGGAUCAGCUCCUGCAUGUUCUACAGCAGAAUGAGGACUUCAGGGUCCGGAUAGACAACUAUCAAAGCCUCAUACAUCAACUCUCCAAGGAGCAGAAUGAGCUGCAGGAGGCGCUAGAAAACCAGUCUCUGCAGAGCCAGAAACUCAGCCAGGAGAAAGAAGAGCUACUUUUUAAACUCGUACACAACAGAGACUCCUGCUCUUCAUUUCACCUUACAUCCAUUGUACCUGCAGAGGUGUCUCCCAGCUGAGUGCAGAAUUAACCCAACCACCAAAUCCCUUGGUGCCUUUGCAGCUGCAAAGUUUUUUGUUUUUGUUAUGCCAGCUUGUAGAGUGCUGUGAUCAUGCAGUGUUGAAACUGAUUUACUGCAUUUAUCAUUUCAACUGGCAAAAAAAUAUUUUUUUAUAUUUUAGAUUUAAUAUCAGGAAUGUUUGAUUCCAUUUUUGGAAUAUCUGUGGAUCUAAUGCAGUAGCUACUUCUGUUAAAAGUAAUUGUGUUUUGGAACACAAUGUAGUAACAUCUUUUAACAUCUGAAUUUGUUGUAUGUGGUACAAAAUGUAUUAGCAGCUGUAAAAAAAGUCUUUCUUUUUUUUCUGUCAAGAAAACGGCUGUUAAGCAGGCUCUGUAUCAUUUUGCCUUCGAACAUAAUUAGAGCCAGAAGCACUUGUUUGUGUAGCUUGAAGCUUUGGGAUCUUUUCAGAUGCACUUGCACUUUUUUUAUCUGUUUAUUAUUUGUUGGUGAGAUAAUGGGCCUUGACAACUUUGUUGACUACCAGUAUGUGUUUUUCCUUCACCUUGCACACUUUGGCACAAUAUAAUUUUCUCUUAAUCAUUCUGAUCUUCAGUAAAUGGACAUUUUAAUGGGAAUGACAACGAGGCUGUGAGGGACAGACAUGCAGUCUCCUUAAUGGGCGGUACUGCUGUUUAAAGUGUUUUUGAAUCGUUGAUAAAAUAUCUGUCCAAGAACAUUCAGUAUACAAAGAGUUCCAGACAACAUGAGUUGUGGAAAAUUAGAUGUGAUCUAGAAACUUAAUACCGCUCGUGCCUCGGAAGAGACUGACUGCAUAUCUAUUCCUCACAGUCUCGUUGUCGUUCCCAUUAAAAAUCAAAGAUGGCGCUAGUGUGAAUAAGGUUUGUGGCCUUCUCGCCGUUGCAAUUAUGUAUUGCCGUUUUAAAAACUUUUCAGAAACAGGUGAAAGUAGCUUUUGUUUCCUGUGUGCCCUUUUAUUGUUUUUUUUAUUAUUGUUGUGUGGUAUUCUAAAUAUUCUGCCAAAUAUAAGUGCCUUUGUUAUAAAGGAAA